AUGACCCCACGCAUCUUGGCCCUUGCUGGCCUUCUGGUUGCGGCUUUUGCAUCCGCCAACGUUCCAGUUUUCGUGCACCACGACGCCGUGUAUUUGCUUCCCGAAUCUCGCGGCCUACCGUGCUCGGAUGAUGGCGGCAUGAACUGUCCAAAAGCCGGAGAUGUCGCCUAUGCCGGCUGCCGGCCGGGCCUGUUGUCCUACAACGGAGCGGUGUGCGUUGCCCCGGUCGAUGCUCAAUGCAUCGAAGCGGUCGAUGAUACGUGGUUGUGCACGUUCCCUCAAACGGCAUACACUUCUGCCACCGAUACUGAUCCCAUCGGGAUGUACGAUGAUAUCGAUGAUGACGACGAUGAGAGGCUUAGAAACCUGCUCAGUGUUCUCUGCGACGUCAAUUCGGGCAAAGAUGCUUACAAGACAUCCAGAUACGGCUGCCGCACGAUCACGAGUGCUGUAAAAGCACCUACUAUUCAUACAGUCACUGAGACCGGGAGCACGGUCAAUCAACACGAUCAGGCUACCCCGCACACAAUCCAAAACGGGGAGUACCAUGGCGGAUUUGUGACUCCGAUGUAUGGGUCACCGAACGAUGGUUACUCAGCCAACGAGGCCUACCCUACUCGGAUAAACGACUUGGUUGAUGACUUCGACUCAAUCGACGACGUUUACCCUACUCACCACGCCCACAACGUCUACAGUUCCAUCAACUCGUUGAAUCAUCAUGACACUUACGAUCUCCAGCAAAAAAUGCUCCCGGCCGACCCGAUACAAGUGGCAACGGAUGGUCUAACGACGGUACCUGAUUCUUAUUUGUCAGUGGUUCCUGUUGUUUCGACACUGAAACCCGACGUCAUGACGGUGAUCCCUGGUACGUCGACGUUGACACCCGACGUCUUGACGGUGGUCCCUGCUAUUGUGCCAGUCGUUCCUGGCACCCCUACAGUGGUGACGGACAUACUGCCUCUAGGUCCAGACAUCACAACGGCCAUUCCCGGGGUCGUUACUCUGCCGCCUAUCAUUCCGGCGAUACCAUCAGUUACCCCGACGCCUUUAACGACACCAACUUUCCCGCGGUUCCAGAGACGGAUGAGAUCGUUGGGUGAAUAG